CCGCCCGCCCCCGGAGCCGGAGCCCGGCGGAGCUCGGGGUGUCCCCGCAGCAGCAGCAGCCGCAGCCAUGAAGUCGCUGUGCCUCGUCACCGUGGGGGUCCUGGCCAUGACGCUGCUCAUCGCCAGCAUCUCCCUGCUGGUAGCGCACGUCUUCCAGACGGUGGUGGAUCUGCAGGUGAAGCAGGGGACAGUAUUGAAGAAUGGCACGGAAACCUUUGAAGCCUGGGAGGACCCUCCUCCCCCAGUCUACAUGCAGUUCUACUUUUUUAAUGUGACAAAUCCUUUGGAAGUGCUCCAAGGUGCUAGUCCUCUUGUAGAGGAAAUAGGACCAUACACCUACAGGGAAUACAGGCCAAGAGUCCACGUUCAGUUUUUGGACAAUGGGACCAAAGUGUCUGCUCUGAACCCAAAGACUUACGUAUUUGAACCUCAGAAGUCAGUCGGAGACCCUGAAGUGGACCUGAUCAGAACAGUAAAUAUUCCUGCAGUGACUGCCAUGGAGUGGACCAGGUCGACCCCUCUCCAGUUUGCCACGGAGGUGCUGCUGCUGCUGUACCAGGAGUCGCUGUUCACCGUGCGCAGCGUCCACGAGCUGCUGUGGGGCUACAAGGACCGGCUCCUGUCCACAAUCCACGUCCUGCACCCCGAGAUCGACCCCGUCUUCGGGCUCUUCAGUAAGAUGAAUGGAACCGAUGAUGGAGAAUAUGUUUUCCUGAGUGGGGAAACGAACUACCUAAACUUCUCCAGGAUUGUGGAGUGGAAAGGAAAAGAGUCCCUGAGCUGGUGGACAACAGAGGCGUGUAACAUGAUCAAUGGCACAGAUGGGACAUCCUUUCACCCACUGAUUAGCAAAGAUGAGAACAUUUAUAUCUUCUCUUCUGAUUUCUGCAGGUCUCUGUACCUGGUGUACGACAGCUCGGGAGCCGUGGCGGGCGUCCCCACCUACCGCUUCGUGCCCUCCUCCAUGGUCUUUGCCAACACCACGGUGAACCCGGACAACGCCGGAUUCUGCAUCCCGCCGGGAAACUGCCCCGGCACCGGAGUCCUCAACGUCAGCAUCUGCAAGCAAGGUGCUCCAAUAUUUCUGUCAGCUCCACAUUUUUACCAAGCAGAUCCAAAGUUUGUAGAGGACAUCCAGGGCAUGCAUCCCAGAAAGGAAUACCAUGAGACUUUUCUGGACAUCAAUCCUCUGACAGGGCUCGUCCUGCGGGCAGCCAAGCGCAUGCAGAUCAACGUUCACGUCAGAAAAUUACCUGAGUUCUUUGAAACGGGCAACAUCCGAACGCUGGUUUUCCCAGUGAUGUACAUCAACGAGAGUGUUCUGAUCGAUGAGGCCUCUGCCAGCAAACUCAGGCACGUCCUGCUGGAAGCCAGUGUUGUAACUGGAAUCCCCUUCGUAAUCAUGGCUCUAGGGAUUGCAUUUGGGAUAGUUUUUACCGUGCUGGCGUGCAGGUCCCGGGGGACAAGUGAAGAGGGAGGGGAAGUUUUAAUAGACUCAGAAUAAACGCGCCAAAGCAAAGGAAUGGAGUUAAUCUAAGAAACCUGAGUACUGAGGAGGAGAGGUCCCCGCUCAUCAGGACGUCUUAGUAGAUUUUCUUUACCAUGUGAGCUUGGAGAAUGAACUCUUAGAGCUGAGCUAACACCAACUACCACUUCCCAGCGUGUCCCCUGCGGAGACACGGCCGUGUCCACAUCACUUUCUGUGGGACAGAGCUGGAAGAGAACCCGCCCCGUCAGCCAGGGAGGAGACUUUUCUCGCCAGCUGCUUUAAAACUCCAUUUUAAAACUGCUCCAGACCCUGCUUUUCUCACCCCUGCCCUCUGUGUGUACACAUGGGGGGGCCAUAACCACUGUGUGGGCGACAGCACACCGGCCUCAUUCCCUACGGAGACGACACGGGAAGCCUCUGCAAACGGCCCUCUGGGAACACAGCAGGCUCCUGGGUGGGCCGGGGACGAGGGAUAGUCCUGCUGGUGGUGUCUCUGCUGUAACUUAGUCCCGAGUGUUUGUUACUCAUGUCCUUUACAGCAUCGGUGUGUCACUAACCCCAGCCAGAACUUCGUGCAGCGCCGGCGGCUCCGGGUGGAACCAAACGGCUGGAAAUGCUUUUCCACACCCACCUCCCGGCUGUCCCCACCGUGCAUGUUGGCCAGGCUUUCGUCCUUUGGGUUUGGGGUUGUCCUUCAGCUUAGAAACCCGCGGCUCGGCGUUGUUCCUGGGGCGGGGGGGGGCACAGAGCUGGGGGUUUGGGGUGAACUGGGCAUGUUUGGGAUGGGAGCAACCCUUCCGUGUUAAACACGGACAGGGGCCCGGCAGCUCCUCGCACUGUUUUUUACUUGUCAAGCACAAACUUGUUUUAAAAAUCACAAGUGUUGUUGGUUUUUUUUUCUCCCCUCCCCCCCCCCACUGCCCCCUAUUAAAAGACUAUUCUCGUGUGUUCCCAUUAGACAGUGAAACGUG